AUGUGGCAAAAUGCAAAUUCUGUGCUGUCAAAUAUAACAAAUAGUUAUGAAAAUACGAGAGGUUAUGAUUGUUUAUAGAAGAAGAAGGCAGUAGAUGAGUAAAUAGAUGAAGAGACGCGAAAUAAUUAUAGUGAAGAGGAAGACAUGAAUAUAGAGUAGACAAAAGAAUUUGAUCCAAGUUAAUGGAGUUUAAGUAGAUUUGAAAUGGGUCGUUAUUUAGGUAAUGGUAAAUUUGGACAUGUAUAUUUAGCGAGGUAUAAAAUAAAAUUUAUAUCCAAUUAGGGAGCGUGAAAACAAAUUUAUAUUAGCACUUAAAGUAAUAAGUAAGAGAUAACUAAAUUUAUGUUAAUUGAUGAGUUCAUUAACUAGAGAAGUAGAAAUUCUUAGCCAUUUAAAACAUCCAAAUAUUAUUGGGUUUUAUGGUUUUUUUUAGACAGAAAAAAGAGUAUAUUUAAUGUUAGAAUGGGCUCCAUUAGGUGAUCUUUAUGGUUUAAUGAAGAAAUAACCAAAUAGAAGAUUUAAUGAAGAUAUGGCAUCAAAUAUUAUUAAGUAAAUAACUAUGGCUAUUGGAUACAUGCAUUCAAUGAAUGUUAUACAUAGAGAUUUAAAACCAGAAAAUAUUCUAUGUUUUAAUAAUGAUAUCUUUAAAAUAUCUGAUUUUGGAUGGAGUGUUCAUACACCAUCUAAUAAAAGAAAGACUUUAUGUGGAACAUUAGAUUAUUUAUGUCCUGAAAUGAUUAAUUAUUAAUCUCAUGAUAAUAGAGUAGAUGUAUGGACUAUUGGUGUUUUAGCUUAUGAAUUAGUAGUAGGUAUUAUUAUAUCAUUUUAUAUUAUUAAUUAGGCAGACCACCAUUUGAAUCUUAUAAUGAAUAAGAUACUAAAAAGAAAAUUAUUAAUUUAAUAUUUUAAUUUCCUAAUUGGUCUAGUAAAGAUUUUCAAAAUUUUGUUAAAGGAAUUCUCUAGCAUGAUUGCAAUAAGAGACCUUCAAUAAUUUAAAUAUUAAAUCAUCCUUGGAUUACAAAAUGA